GAGACGUUCAAUGCGGAAGUGGUUGCAUAGUAAGAAAAAGCUUGAACAACGAAAUACGAUAAGCUGCCUACUUUUGAGACGACGUAGAACGUUGUAUACAGUGAGCUGACCAUCAUGCUUGGUGGUGGAUUCAAAGCAGAGCGAUUGCGUGUCAAUCUCAGACUUGUCAUAAAUCGCCUGAAACUCCUCGAGAAGAAGAAAACUGAAUUAGCUCAGAAGGCACGGAAGGAGAUCGCAGACUACUUGUCAGCAGGGAAAGAUGAGCGAGCACGAAUCAGAGUAGAGCACAUCAUUAGAGAAGAUUAUCUGGUGGAAGCCAUGGAGAUCCUCGAGUUAUACUGUGAUUUGCUGCUGGCACGCUUUGGCUUAAUCCAAUCCAUGAAGGAGCUUGACCCGGGCCUUCAGGAAGCAGUGUCCACGCUUAUCUGGGCUGCUCCUCGACUGCAGUCAGAAGUUACAGAACUCAAAAUUGUUUCAGACCAGCUGUGUGCCAAAUACAGCAAGGAGUAUGGAAAACUUUGUAGGACAAACCAGAUUGGAACAGUCAAUGACAGACUCAUGCACAAACUGAGUGUGGAGGCCCCACCAAAGAUCCUGGUGGAGCGUUACCUCAUUGAGAUUGCCAAAAAUUACAAUGUUCCCUAUGAGCCUGAUGCUAUGGUCCAUCCAGAGGUAUGCCCAGGGGAGGAGGCAGAUCUCAUAGAUGUGGACCAUGACUUCAAGAAGCCCGGUGGAGGAGGAGGUGGUGGUGGAGGAGGCUUCACUGCUCCUGCUGCUGCUGUGCCCGUGCCCAUGCCCAUGCCCAUGCCCAUGCCCACGGCCUUCAACUACCCUCCACCCAAAGGAGCUGAACCCUUUAAUGGUCCUGUUGGCACCUAUGAUGGCUUUAACAACUUCCAGCCUCCGGUGAGAGGAGGGCAGCCCCCACAGCUUCCUAGCUGCCCCCCCACCUAUGAGUCUAUUGAUGAGUUGGCUGUCAAACCCUCUGAUUCUCCCAAGGUUAUUGCAGGGCCUGGCCCAUCCUCCCAGAUCUACGAUAACAACACCAUUCCCGAGCUCCCGUCAGUUCCCGACACACUCCCCAUCUCCUCCUUGGGUGGGAACACCGCUGCCUCAGACGAAAUCGACUUUGAUGACCUGUCCCGACGCUUUGAGGAGCUGAAGAAGAAGACCUAAACCCUCAGGUGCCAGCUGUACCCACUGUAGUCCUGUUGACAAAGCCUUCAUGGGACUGGAAAGGGCAGAGGUCAGAUAGCUAUCUAAAUCUUCAUCUGCAGAAAUGGUUUCUAAACAUUAUAGACAUCAGUGUAAACUUACCUCAUUCAGAAACACACUGAUGUUUUUUCUGGAGGAGGUUUAACUAUUUUAUUUCUGAACAUACCGAGUGAAGGAUCUGAUGGAAAUUGAACAUGUACAUCAUUAUUUAAGACUUUUCACUGAACUAUUGGUAUAAAACGUAUUUGAACCUUUUUUUAAAGCACUUUGCAUACAAGGCCUUUUUGACGACAAAAUCGUCACCUAUGUGUUAUACAAUUAAUGCAUUGCCACACCCAGGUAGUAUGAUGAUAUUGUCAUGACAGCUUUUAGCUUUGUCACUUUGGUGGACUCAUCAGUCAGGGCACAGUUUCACAGUAUGAUGAUGCAAUGACGUAUGAGUUUAAGCCAAAAGUAUCAACCUUUGUAGGUUUGUACCUUUUCUGUCUGUUUCAAAGAAUCAGCAGUCUUUUUCAGUAAUUAAAGAACAGACUGGUUUAACCUGUUGUAACUGAUUAUGCCCAGUGUAGUGUUAGGAAUAUUUUUACCCAUAUUUACCCUGUGAUGUACAUCAUUCCUCGGUGUGACGAGAUAAGAUCACGUGUAGAAUGUGACAGCCACCUGUUGACAUAACAGUUGAACUGAACUCACCAUUUCUUUGUAUUUUACAUUAAUGUUGUUGAGAGUUUCAGUUUUGACAUGUAAAGCGUUCAUUGGAAUGAAUUAGAAUUUGCACACUCGUUAUAUGACGACAUGCCCUGAAAUUUAGUUGCGAGAGAGCCUGUUGAACCACCAUUUUCUUAAAUUAGGUUGUGAUGUGUAAUUCAAAGCUGUAGAGUACUGCCUGUAGCAGUUCUUUUGUCAGAGUAGCUUACACGCGUGUCAAUUUACUCUGCAUUCUUGCCACAACACCUUUGCCUUUAUCAGCGCCUCAUCUGCGGCCUUUCGUUCCACUCCUCCCUUUGGGACACGUGACCAUCCAGUCAGCUGGUGCAGUGAUAAUGACAUUAAAAAUAUUAACUGUAUAUUGUCAGUCACUUAUUUGGUGAAGGUUUUCAUUUCUUUGUUCUGUGUUUGUGUGUUUAUAUAUAUAUAUAUGAGGGAGAGAGAGAGAAAUAUACAUUCAUUUUGCUUCUGGGUGGUGUUGGAAAUAUAUUUCUGAUGUAUGAAGGAUGAUUGGCUGAUGGUGUUUUAUUGGUAAAGUUGCUGUGUGUUUAUUGCUAGCUUAUUAUUUCUGCAUUGUCCCUCUGAAAAAGACUAACACUACUGUGUGGAGAACAGAGCAGAUAUUGGAGCAAUAUGGGGAAUUUAGGAAUGCUUUGUAUGUAUCUGAAACAUAUCAGAUGGUCAUAUAAUAAAGUAUAUACUCAACUUUUCUGAUGCUACUCCUAAAUAAUGAUUUUAUUAAAAUACUAAUUUGAAUUA